ACAUCCCUUCCCUCGCGUGUUCAGCUCCUGCAGCAAGAGGCAGCUGGAGAACUACUUCCAGAAGGGAGGUGGCAUGUGUCUUUUCAACCUGCCCGACACCAAGGACCUGGUGGUAGGACGGAAAUGUGGCAACGGCUUUCUGGAGGAAGGAGAAGACUGUGACUGCGGGGAGGUGGAGGUACGAUGGUGUAUGGCCCCAAGGUGUACUGGGAGGCAGCAGCAAUCCCGGCUUGGCCCCUAUGCUGCCGCUCAGUGCUGAUGUUUCUCUCUCCUCCUGUGGUAGCUAAAGGUGGCUGGGACGAUCUGCAGGGAAGCGGCGGGAUCCUGUGACCUCCCUGAAUAUUGCACGGGUGCCUCACCCUACUGCCCAGCCAACGUAUACCUGCUGGAUGGCUCAUCCUGCGCCUACGGCGAGGCUUACUGCAACAACGGCAUGUGCAUGACCCACCACCAGCAGUGCGUCCAGCUCUGGGGACCAGGUGCCUGGCCGGCCCCAGACGCCUGUUUCCAGGACGUGAACAUGGCUGGCAACACCUACGGCAACUGCGGCAAAGACAGCCAAGGGCGCUACGUGAAAUGCGACAAGAGGGAUGCUAUGUGUGGCAAGAUCCAGUGCCAGAGCUCAGCUAAGAAGCCCCAGGGGACCAACACUGUCUCCAUUGACACCACCAUCCGCUGGAAUGGGCGGGAGGUGAAGUGCCGAGGCACCUACAUGUACACCACAAAGGACGAGGAGGAAGACCUCUCCGACCCUGGGCUGGUGAUGACAGGGACAAAGUGUGGAGAUGGGAUGGUUUGCAAAGAUCGCCGGUGCCAGAAUGCCUCCCUUUUUGAGCUGGAAAAGUGCGUUUCCCGGUGCAAUGGCCAUGGGGUCUGCAACAGCAACAAGAACUGCCACUGUGAUGCUGGCUGGGCUCCCCCAUACUGCGAGAAGCCGGGCUUGGGUGGCAGUGUGGACAGUGGCCCUGUGCAGCGCGACAAUCAUGAAGCCAUCUUAAUGACCCUUCUGCUCAUCUUCCUGCUCUUCCUCCCGGCCCUGAUGAUGAGCAUCUACUUUUGGUACCGGCGGGAGAACUCGCUCCUGAAUAAAUGGAUAAAGGAGAUGAGGAGGAGGAGCCAGGAGACAUACAGGAACAAAACCAUUGGUCGGAAGUCAACCAGUGGCCAUCCCAAAGCUGCUUUCACCUUGCGGAACAUUUCCACCUCCAGCCACACUAAUAAAGCAACACGGGCUGCGUUCCUCCCCAAACCCAGCACUCACCAGCCCGGCUGUCAGCCUGUCAACGUCGUCCACCCUCUUCGCCCACCUCCCCACUCCAUCCCUCCACGCCCGAGAGACCCCAAGCCUGCCAGGCCGCCUCCGCCAGUCAGCAAAUCGCCCAUGGUCUCCACCAAAACGGUUGUCUCCCAGGCUAAGCUACCACCUCCGAAGAAACCUCUUCCCUGCAGCCCUGUGAGGACUCCGCUGGUCGUCCCAAAGCACCAGCCGCCCCGUCGACCGCUGCCUGGAAGUCCUCUUCUGGCCAAAGAGCUGCCUCCUACACAUGGACAGACCCUGCUGGUCAUGGUCCCUCCUACCAACUUGAAGGUGUCGGGUGCAAGUGCCAUCAGCCACCCCACGAGGCCAUUUAAACCGAUGCCACCUCAAAGGCCAGUCCCAACCAUCAAAGUCCAAUCAACUUCCUUCCCCUUGAAGAAGUGA